UGCAAACACCACACGCUUGAUGAAGCGCUUUCAGAUUGCUGGUCUGUCGCUGAGAGGAGUUCGAGCAUGUACACUGAGCACAGAGACCUGACCUGGAUACUGAGCCUCCUGCUUCUCUCUGGUGUUCAUUGCAAUGAGUGGAACGUGAAAUAUCAACCGAGUGUCUGUGCAGUGAAAGGCUCAUCUGUCGUCAUUCCAUGUUCAUUCAAUUAUCCCAAAGAAGAAAAAGUACAACGGGUCAUGUGGGGUCAUGGAAGCAAAGAUAUUUUCGAUGGACCUUUCAUCUUUGAUAGUGCUUCAAAUAAUCAAUCCCCAGUAUAUCAGUAUAAAGGGGACAAACUUCACAAUUGUUCUUUAAAAAUAAACCCAGGAAAGCACAACAUUACAGGUAAAUAUACAUUCAGGUUCACAACCAAAUCCCCAGCUGGCAAAUGGAUCGGCAAAGAGGGCUCGACAUUAAAGAUAGUUGAUCUGAAAACGUCGGUGAUAAACACGAGCGGACACGGAGCGACAAAGGAAGGAGACUCUGUGAAUGUGACCUGUAGAAAUGGCUGUGAUGGUGCUGACGCCUCAUCUGCGUUCAUCUGGUUAAAGAACGGAGAGCGCAUCCAGGAAGGACCUUCACUUUAUUGGAGAAACAUUUCCCUCUUGAACUCUGGAAAUUACAGUUGUUCCCUCAAAGGUCACAGUGGGACGACCUCAGGGGUCGUAAAUAUCAACGUUGAAUACGGCCCUAAGAACACAUCGGUGUCAGUCCGACCAUCGACGGAGGUGGAUGUAGGCAGCAGCGUGACUCUCACCUGCAGCAGCCGAGCAAACCCCCCGGUGGAGAAAUACUCUUGGUUUAAAGUUGAUGAUGGUGAUAUUGUACUUGGUGAAAACAAGUCUGAGCUGCACUUUAGGGAGGUUUCUAUUGCCGCUGGUGGCCAGUACUUAUGCAGUGCCACCAACAGACAUGGAAGUCAGAACUCUACGAUGGUGACUUUAAAAGUUAAAGCACAUUUUCCAUAUAUAAUUGUUAUUGCCACUGCUGCUGCUGCACUUCUGGUCGUUGCGGCCAUUGUGAUUGCCCUCAGAAGAUGCAAAGAAAAAAGGGCAAGGGAACCAGAGGCAGAUCAUGAGGAGGACCAGCAGAACAUGCUCUACCUCAACUGGCCUAUGCCUGACAACAGCACUGAGGGAAAUCCAUGCGAGGGAGACAAAACAGAAACGGUCUACACAACCAUUGAUUUCAACCUCAAGAGGAAGUCGAACACGCAGCAGCAGACGUACUCUCAUAGCAAUGAUGAAGGUGCGAUCUAAAGCUUGUUGCAGUUUCCAGGGAGCAACUCUUGAACCCUUCAUACUCUGACAAUGCCUGUGACGGGAAGAGGAAACCCUGUGUGAAAAUAUAAUAUAACAGAUUCUUGAGAGAUGAAGAAAUGUCACCAACGUAAGAAUCAGGUGGAUGUUAAAAAAAGGUUGUAGCAGAAGAAUCCAGAGAGGAAAUUCACAGCAUCCGUCUCUAAUAAUGACCCAUAUUCAUAUGAUUCUCAGCUCUGCCUCUGCCAAAGAUAUGUUUAUUUUAAUAAAGGUCUUUUUAUUUCUGUGCCUCGUCGAGUCGAUGCACCGACCUGUUGUUAAGGUUUUUUAUUGUGCAAAGAUACUCGUCUUUCACGCUUUGCGGCAUAAUACAAAUUAAUUUGUGUGAUCCCACUGUAAUCCUCACAUCUGCCUGCCUGUUGUCCAGGGCCUCUGUCAGCUGGAUGUGAAUGAAACGAUACACAUGUGGUCCUAACCUGCAAACAUGCAUCAUUAAUAACCAUGUGAGCCCCCUGUCUUUCUGUAGAGGCCCUUGCAGCAGCCUGUUUGGCAAACUGGCUUUGACGCGCAUCUUGUACAUUGCAUGUGAGACAAUAAAAAACUCUGCAAAGCUUUGUGGUUCUGUGAGUGUCACACCAUGCAGUCAGCUUCAUUUUACUUUUAGGCCACUUUUUAACUCGUCGUGUUCUAAACACUUUCGUCGAUCGAUCUCGGUAAGAGUAUUUUGGCUCAGUUGUCUGGUUGAGGAGAUAAAAUAAAAGUCCCGGUAUCCGCUCCUGCACAGUGUGACCUCCACUUGUCCACAUCACAGGUUAUUCUG